AUGGUCAAGGCUGAUGCGACACCUGCACAGGCGGCUGCAGUUGCGGUGAGAAAUGACGAGUUGGUGAAGCAUUGCACAAAAGCUCUGCCCGAACUGGCAGAGGGUAUCAGGGAGUUCUGGUCAUCGGUGUCAGAUCCAGCCGCAUUCCACCUCCAAGAUGGCCAGCAGUUCAAAGCUACCUUCUCUGGUGACUUGUUCCCCGCGCAUUGGGAAAACGUUGUAUCGACUGCUGGACUUUACAUUGACACUAUCGUGCUCCCUUGCCCGAUUCUCAAGAUCGCCCCGCUUUUUGAAGCAUUGCCAGCCAAACAGGUCGUUGAGCUAUUUAUCAAGCACGUUUUGAAUGCGAUGACUUAUAGGGAUAUCGCACUGGCGGAAAUAGAGCCUCCAUUGGUGGUCGUUUCACCUAAUCCAAGGGAUAUGAAUGAUGAAGAUAGAGAGCUGCUAGCUGAGCAGAGCCGGCCUUUGUCCUGUGAUCAUGGCGGCUAUCUGUUUGGCCGUGAUUUCGAGUCCGUUGAACACUUGGUUGAGUUUUGUGAAGAGCUGUCUUCUAUCGAGGCAGUGCUUGGCGAGCUUAAAGGUGCUGAUCGACUGGUCAUUAAUACAGAUUGGGGGAGAGAUGCUCGUGCGCAACUGGUCAGGGCUAUGAAAGAUGGAGCCACCCCAGGCUUGAACCCUGCUAUAGCAGGAAAUCAUGUGUUGCAUGCUUGCUUGGGACGCAUGCCCCAAGCAUUGGCUUCUCAGCAGUGCGCUAAUCACUUUGGCGGGACACCAUUUAUAGGCGCGGAGACGUCAUGGAAGUACUUCAAUUGGAUGCUGGACUACCAAGGUGGAGUGGUAGAGCGUCCAAUUGAUGAUCGAAAAAGCAUGCAUGUGAUGCGUGCAUUGAGCGCUGAGGCAGAUAAAAAUUUAGAGUGGCUCGGCAACGUUCCUCCGGAAACAGUGUUAAACAUCCGGAAGGCUGGUUUGGCUGAAGAACUGAGGUCUUUACUGGGUCAGGGUGUUUCUGAGCUGAUCAAAGUGCGACCAGAGAAUUACUUCCGGACAGCCGACCAAGUCGUCGAAAACCUGGGUCGGGCUUUCGCGGCGCACCAAGCGUCGCUGAAAGACGCGCGUAAUAAAAAACUCAAGCUUUACGGAAUCGACGUUGCAUCAUGCCUAGCUGCCGGAACAAUCGGAGUAGCGGGGGCCCUGACAGGAAAUGUGGCCCUAGGCGCGCUGGGUGGUGUUUUAGGAAUGGUUGGUCUCCCUAAUCUGAAGGACAUCAGGACAAAGUAUAAAGAUCUGCACGCAGAACAAAUUGCUCGUGCAAACUCUCCGACAGGGUUACUGUUCAAGCACAUUUUA